GGAUUCUUCUUCCCGUUGACGAAAGCUAAAAUGGAAAGAAAAGAAAUUAAGAUUUCAUUAGCUUCCCUUAGAUGAUCGUCUCUCAGCCAUGGAGGAACCUCGGAAACAUCAGGUAUCGUUGAGAGGAGCAAGCGCGAAAGAGAUAUCGAGAGAUGCGCUUCUCGAGAAAGUUUCUCAAGAAAGAGAGAAUCGCAAUUAUGCCAGACGAGCUGCUUCCGCUGCAAUCUUUAUCCAGAGAGUCUGGAGAAGCUAUAACGUUACAAUGAAAGUGGCUAUCAAGCUUCAAGAAGAAUGGGAAAGUUUUGUGAAAAAUCAAGCUGAGUUGAUGACUGCAAAUUUAAUUUCCAGCAGUGUUUUGAGGCCUUUUAUUUUCUUUAUUACAUGUUUAUCAAUUCGGCGUCGAAAGAUUCUUGCCAGAGUCUCAAACUGUAUGCAGACUUGCUUUAAGAUUCUCUUGGAAAGCAUAAAUUCAACUGAUUCAAAGAAGAAUUUUUGCUCCCUGGCUGUGGGUACAAUGGAAGAGAGAAGAACACUGACUUAUCAAGCGCAGAAGCUGAUUUCACUCUGCUCAUUUGUUCUUGCACAGUGUGAUACGUCACACGGAGGGAGUCAAGAUCUUGUUGUUCUGACAUCUCUGGCAUUGCGUCUUGUUGUUGUCUUAACUGAUCUGAAAAGUUGGAAGAUUGUUAGUGAUGACAAUAUUGGGAAUGUAGAUGCAACAGUGAAGAAUUUGGUUUGUUUUAUGGGAAGCUAUAAAGGUGGCCUUUAUGUAUCUAUGAGAAGAUACAUAAGCAAAUUGGAUGUUUGUUUUUCUCCAGAAGUAAAGAAUAUUGUCCAGACUGAUGAUAAAUUCUUGAUCACUGCAAGUGCAAUUAGUCUGGCUAUUCGGCCAUUUAGUUUGACAACCUUUGAUGCAACUUGUCCUGGUCAGUUCGAUGUGCAUUCUGCUGUUGAGCAGUACUGUUUGUUUUUACUUACAAUUCCUUGGCUCACGCAACGUCUACCAGCUGUUCUUCUACCUGCACUGAAGCACAAGUCUAUUCUUUCACCAUGUCUGCAAAGUUUACUGAUUUCAAGAGAUAAAAUUGUUGGAAAGAUGUCAGAAAUUGAUCAGUCUGACAUGGACUGUUCUUCGAAGGCAAUUCCACAAGUUGGUUGGGCUCUUUCAAAUGUUAUAUGCCUAGCUUCUGGGAGUGAGAAUGACUUUCUGGAUUCCGGAGUGUUGAACCAAGGUCUAGAAUAUGCAUCCUAUGUCCAUGUUGUAACCAUUCUUGCAGACAACUUAUUGGAAUGGCUUCAUAAUGUUGGGUGGAAUGAAAAGGGGAAUCAAAAUCUUGAAGGUAAUAAUGAAGCUCAUGUAGAGCCUGUUAGUGCCGUUAUGCAGGAGAGCGAGACAGCCUGUGGGUCAUUAAAAACAUCCUACAUGGACCUAUUUAGACCUGUUUGUCAGCAGUGGCAUCUUAAAAAGCUUUUGAGUUUAUCUGAAAGAUAUGCUCAUACAGAUGAGGCCAAGAUCCUACCUCCAAACAGCUUAGAAUGUUUGGGGAACUUGGAAUUGCUUGAUAUUGCACAUUUUUAUUCCUACAUGCUUAGAAUAUUUGCUGCAUUCAAUCCCAUGGUUGGGCCCUUGACUGUUCUUAAUAUGCUAUCUUUCACUCCUGGAUUUCUUGGCAACCUUUGGGGAGUGCUAGAAAGUUCCAUGUUCCGUGGAAAUAGUCACACCAUUGGAGAUAGUUAUCAUGGUACAAAUAAAGUUUCAGGGAAGAAAAAAGAGGGAAUUGAUAAAAAACUAAAACAAGCCAAUAAGGAUGGAGUCAAUAAAUGGGUCAAUGUAUUGCAGAAGUUCACUGGCAAAUCACAGGCUGACGUUGAUUUUGCAGAUUCAGUUGAUGAUCAUCUUGUUGAUGAUGAUUCUUUUGAUGUUUGGGAUAUAGAGCCUUUGAGGCAUGGUCCUCAGGGUAUCUCAAAAGAUAUGUCAUGUCUACUUCAUCUGUUCUGUGCCACCUAUUCACAUCUGCUAUUAGUUCUUGAUGACAUAGAGUUUUAUGAGAAACAGGUUCCAUUCACACUGGAGCAACAACGAAGAAUUGCAUCAGUGCUUAAUACACUAGUCUAUAAUGGCCUGUCGUGUAGUGUGGGUCAGCAGAAUGGUUCCUUUAUGGAGUCUGCGAUCAGAUGCUUGCAUCUAAUUUAUGAAAGGGAUUGCAGACACCAGUUCUGCCCCCCUGUUUUGUGGCUUUCACCAGCUAGAAGGAGCCGACCUCCAAUUGCUGUAGCUGCCAGAACUCAUGAAGUUCUAUCAGCUAAUAUCAGGCCAGAGGAUGCUACCGUUGUUCACAGUACAGGUUCUGUAAUCACCAGUAUGCCACAUGUAUUUCCAUUUGAAGAAAGGGUUCAAAUGUUUAGAGAGAUUAUCAAUAUGGAUAAAGUCUCUCGGAAAAUGGCUGGUGAAGUGGCCGGACCUGGUUCACGAUCAGUUGAGAUAGUAAUUCGUCGAGGUCAUAUUGUUGAAGAUGGCUUUCGACAAUUAAAUUCCCUUGGCUCAAGGUUGAAGUCAUCGAUUCAUGUUUCAUUUGUUAGUGAAUGUGGCCUUCCAGAGGCUGGUCUGGAUUAUGGUGGAUUAUCUAAAGAAUUUUUAACCGAUAUAUCUAAAGAAGCUUUUGCUCCUGAGUAUGGGUUAUUUUCCCAAACGUCAACGUCAGACAGACUUCUAAUACCUAAUGCAGCUGCAAGAUAUCUAGAGAAUGGUAUCCAGAUGAUUGAAUUCCUUGGAAGAGUUGUUGGCAAAGCACUCUAUGAAGGAAUAUUACUAGAUUACUCUUUUUCACAUGUUUUUGUGCAAAAGCUGUUAGGCCGAUAUAGCUUUCUUGAUGAACUAUCAACACUUGAUCCAGAGCUCUACAGGAAUCUUAUGUAUGUCAAGCACUAUGAUGGUGAUAUUAAGGAGCUCUGUCUAGAUUUCACAAUUACUGAAGAAUCUUUUGGUAAACGGCAUGUUAUCGAGCUUAAACCUGGUGGCAAGGAUGUUUGUGUGACUAAUGAGAACAAGAUGCAGUAUGUUCAUGCAAUGGCAGAUUACAAACUCAACCGACAGAUACUGCCCUUUUCAAAUGCAUUUUAUAGGGGGUUAACUGAUCUUAUAUCUCCAUCUUGGUUGAAGUUAUUUAAUGCUAGUGAAUUUAAUCAGUUACUUUCUGGUGGAGACCAUGAUAUUGAUGUUGAUGAUUUAAGAAAUAACACACGGUAUACUGGUGGUUAUUCCGAGGGAAAUCGAACAAUUAAACUUUUCUGGGAGGUAAUGAAGGAUUUUGAGCCAAAAGAACGCUGUAUGCUGCUAAAAUUUGUGACCAGUUGUUCUCGUGCUCCUUUACUAGGGUUCAAAUUCUUGCAGCCAUCUUUCACAAUUCAUAAGGUUGCAAGUGAUGCUCCUCUUUGGGCAACCAUUGGAGGACCAGAUGUGGAGCGGCUUCCCUCAGCUUCUACAUGCUAUAACACUCUCAAGCUUCCAACCUAUAAGCGGUCAAGUACGCUGAAAGCAAAGCUUCGUUAUGCAAUCAGUUCUAAUGCAGGAUUUGAACUUUCUUAGGGACCUCAAACCAUUUAACUGGUGCAGGUGAACCUUUUAGUACCUCUUGAGUUUUACUUCCUGAAAAGUUAAAUUUAUUUCUAUCAACUAUAAAGAUUGUAAUAUAUAUAAUAGGUUUUACAGCAAUAUUCCUAGUGAUCUCAAGCAUCUUUUACUUGUCA